GAAGGAGGAGAGGAGGACGGAGAUAACGGACACGCGUCCUAGUUCAAGUGAAGGAGAACUUCGGUUCUCCGGGCAUCUCUCGCAGAUAACACGGGCGUUUCUGAAAGAGCGCGAGGACGCUUGGGCACCUUAGAGAUGCUUGUUGUGGUUUCAGCCGGUGAUGUCGCUGCGUUUAUGUUGAGAACAAAACUGAGAGAUCAUUUCAAUGACUCAAUGUGCUCACUCUGAGGAGCAAAAGAGACGUUUUUGUUGGAUUCUCAGUGCUGUCCGGAGAAGUGAUGUCUACCAGCGCUCGCGCCCUGUUCUUGGUAUUGCUGAGUGUGCUUCAGGUGAACAGCCAGACAGAGAUGAAGAGGGUAGUCGGAGACAAUGCCACAUUGCCAUGCCACCAUCAGCUGUGGCAAGCCGACACUUCUCUACUGGACAUCGAGUGGAUGCUGCAUAAAUCCAGCACCCGACAGAAAGUGGUGAUCACAUACUUUGCGGGUCGAAUCUAUGACCCCAAUGAGAGCGAGGUGGGACGGCUGUCCCUGACGGGUGACUUCCUGAAGGGUGACGCUUCACUCAUGAUCAGUGACCUCUUGCUCACUGACUCUGGAGAAUACAUCUGCAAGGUUAAGAAUGGUGGGAAGUACUACUGGAACACAGUCAAACUCAUCGUGCUCUUGAAGCCAUCCAAACCGCGCUGUUGGAUGGAGGGUCGACUGCUGGAAGGAAGUGAUGUCAGAAUGAGCUGUAAGUCCACAGAUGGUUCUGACCCCAUCAGCUACAAAUGGGAGAGAGUCCUGGACAAGGGAAAACAUGCCAGGAAGCUCCCACUUCUGGCACUCAUAGAUCUAAAGAAUCCUGAGAUUGUGACAUUGAGAAAUCUGACGAGGGAAAGCGCAGGCGUCUAUAAAUGCACCGCCAGCAAUGAUGUCGGUGAAGAGAGCUGCACUCUAGAGGUCAAAGUUCACUAUGUCCGGGGCAUGGGAGUGAUGGCGGGCGCCGUGGUGGGCGUGUCCUUUGGCGUUCUCCUCAUCAUCCUCAUUGUCUGGCUUGUUUUUCGCAAAAAAGAGAAGAAGAAAUAUGAAGAGGAGGAAGCACCCAAUGAAAUAAGGGAGGAUGCAGAGGCUCCCAAAUCCAAACUUGUGAAGCCUAACUCUCUCUCCUCCUCCCGAUCUGGAAGUUCUCGCUCGGGGGCAUCCUCCACUCAGUCGAUGGUGCACAACAGCGUCCCCCGUGGCCCCAGGCCUCGCCUACCCAUCGUAGCUGCUCUUAAAGAGGGUGGGCAGCCCGAAAACUAUCCUCCGGUACCACCUGCAUAUAACCAUGUGGUUUCAAAACCUCCGGAGCCCAGAAAUAGCCCGAAACCCAGCCCAGCAAAGCUCGGCCCGGGCACCCUGACCAGGAUGGGCGCCACACCUGUGAUGAUCCCUGCCCAAACCAAGGCAUUCCAGACUGUUUAGGAAUACCUAUGGACCAAAUACACACACACACAGUACAUGUAUAUAUAUAUAUAUAUAUAUAUAUAUAUAUUACACACACAUGCACAUACACUGCAUUGAGCGGAGAACUUGAUUCUCAGCUCUGGUAACAGGAAAGUUCCUGAAGGAUUUUUAAUUUCUACAUCAAUGGAAAACUCACAGAGUUGGUCUGGCCUUUUAAGGAAACAUAAUGUCCCUCGGUUGGAAGUGAAUAUUAUUUUCUGCACAUCACCACCCUCUUAUAUCAAAGCUAUUUUUAUUUUUGCAGCUGAUGUGCACAUUGAAGUGGAAGGUGACCCCUUGUGGAGUGUAUGCAUUUUUAAAGGGUAAAGACAAGGAAAGAGGGGGGUUUCAGAGUAGAGGGCUGUGCCUUGUUGUAUUAUGUUGGGAUUGAACAAACAAACACAGUAGAGUUGAACAAAGAUAAAGCUCUGCCUUUACUCAGACAGACAGCCUGUCUACCUGACCACACUUUUGCAGUCUAUGCUUGGUUAAAACUGACAGCUACAGAAACGUAAAGAGAAUUCUUUACAUAAAGAGAAUUAUUUUUUGUCACCUGCGUGUAAACCCCCACAAAGAUUCACACCUGCCACUCAUUUCCUCAGCCAAUAAGCAUUUUCCAGGUAACCCCACAGGCCUCACACCUCAACAGCCAAUAGCAUGACACCUUCUGAGAGCAGAAACUACGAUUGGCCCAAAACAAGAAGAACACCCAAAUCAACACACCACAGCAUAAAGAAUAAUAGAUUUUUAUAAUUUUUUUUGCUGCUCAUUUAAGUAAGUAAAUGUAAGUAUUCCAUAUUUAAUAUGUAUUUAUAAGAAUUCCAUAUAAAUAUUUCAGUUAAGUAUCAGUAUAUCUAAAAACCAUUUGUAACGUGUGUCAAGUUCAUUCCCUUUAAAUCAUUAAUUCACAGUUGGAAACAUGUCUUUAUGAUUAUGAAAACAGUAAUGGGGUUGUUUGCGUCUAUUGGGAAUUCAUUUGGACACUUGGCUCUUGGUUCCGUGUAUUUGCAAUUGAAAUCAUAUCUCUGGUUGGUGUAUCCCAUUGGAUGCGAGCUGGAUGUUGUUACGUCAAGCUUAUUCUGUGCUGUUAGUUUGAAUUAAAUGGAUCUGUUCAUUUUCUUGCUCUAUUGAAAUUAUUCCAACAAAACAAAUGACCCACACAGAAAUCUACGCAGAAGUUCUUCACAUACUGCAUCCCUUUAGUUUUUUUAUGAAAUAUUUGGCUGAUUUGAUGUAUGCAUUAAUCUACCAAUAAGAAUGCAUACUCGUAGCUCACUUUAAGACAUUUUACCAUGUUUUAAAUCAUUCCGCAGAUUUUCCAGCAAAAUCAGUGGCGAAAAAAAUUUAAUAGCCUGCAUAUUCUGUUCGGGUCUGCAAAUAAGCGAUAAUUUGAAUGUGUUUAUAUUGUAUAGCCAGGGCUGGACUGGUAAUCUGGCAUACCGGGCAUUUUCCCGGUGGGCCAACACACUUUGGGGCCGAUCAGGUGCGUACUGGCCAUCGGGAGAACCGUGGGGUCAGGUUGGUCGGUAGCGAAAUGUGCCGAAUGGGCCGUUCUAAGCAAACACUUCCGCGUUAUGCAGAACGGACCAUAAAACGGCGGCGCGAUAUGCAGAAAAGGACAGCGAACACCCCCCCAGUUGGGCCAGUUGCCAUGUAAAAUCCCAGGCCGAUUUCUCUUCUCAGUCCAGCCCUGUGUAUAGUUGUCUGUUUUUGCACACUUUUAUCUUACUCAACAAUUUAGUUACGUUUUCUUUAUUUUUUGCAUUAUUGUAACUGCUGUAGCCUAGAUGCUUAAAACACUUAAGUGCAGAUAAGAAUUCACUAUUUUACAAACAACUAUUUUUUUGUAACCUAAUUGAAUACCGUUAUUCUAAUGCCUUUGCUUAUAUACUUUCUAUUUUCCAUUGUUUUACCAUCUUACAUUUUUAUACAAUUAAAUACAUUUUAAUGCUUGAGGAGGCAUUAAUUCCCUGAACAGCACAGAACCAGCUGGACAAAUGUGCUUUGUGACCACAUUAGUAAACAGCAUGGGGACGUAACCUGAAUGUCUCCCUGCAAAGAGUCAGUCUUGUUAUUUAUUUCUUCAGAAUGAAUUAGACAGACGAAGAAGAUCUAAAGUGAAAGAAAAUAUUUAAGUGCACAGGAUGUGCACCCAGUUUCAUUGAUUUGGCUUCAGCUCACAGCCUGCUCGAUUUUCUGAGUUUGAAAUCUAUUUCCAAACACAGGGAAAGUGAGGAAAUGAAGUCAUAUUAGUCAAAAUACUUUCUUGCAACCUGCUGUUUCUGUACGGCUGGGUCUGCUGUUGAUAUGCGCUGAGAUGCAUGAUUCAGUUGAGUUUGUGUUCGGUCUGUCACAGCUGAACAGUUUGAAUGCUGAGCUCUGUUGUUAAACACCCUGCAUACAAUUGCUUGAGAGAAUGUGCAUCUAAACACUAUUGGUGAUGGACCUGCAUGACACAGAUUGCUAAAGAAAGACGAGUGUUUUGGCUAAGUGCUAAUAUCAGUACAUUAUAUACUAAGAAUCAUAUUAUAAAAAAGGGGGUUUUGGUAAAAAUGUUACUCGUGUAAAUAAGGGGCAUUUGUAUUUACAUCAAAUAUCAUUAUAAAGUACAGAAUGAACAUUGAAUGAAAUAAUAUUUUGCACUUUGACAGCUGUGCUCUCUAUAGUUUAGUCUGGUCAGUCUGGUUUUGUUUAAGACUGCAUGAGUUAGGAAACCACAUGCCAAACUUUUCUUCUAUCGCUUGGUAUUUUUAAUUUUUUUUAACGUUACUGUCUUUAGUCAAAAGAGAAAAAAAUACAUGUACUGUACAUAUCUCCUUUCUUCAUUUCAGAUUUAUAUUUGUACACGAUCUUAAUGAAAUUUCCUUUGGUUUGUAAUAAAGCAUUCAAUGGCA